CUUUUCCUUCAGCUUCUUCAGUGACGCAGGAAAUGAGCACUGUGCGCUCACUCGCUUCCUCUAUGGCUGCUGAGAUUGUGGAGCUCUUUUUUUGUCAAAAGACUCAACUAGUCUUUAUUUCUGGAUUUUGUUCAUGACAUCAUCCCUAUUGUGGAAUACUGGGACAAUUCCUUUGAGAGCAUAUGCUUGCAUGACUUUUUUUUUUUUUUUUUUUGAAUCCUCAACUGAAAAACUCUUUGCUCAGAUUGCAGCUGCCAUGCCAGUGUUGUACAUCUCCUAUUUUCAGGAUCCAGCUUCAUUGUCUUCGAGGUCUUAAGUAUACUUUUAGGAGACAUUUUUUCUGUGUCAGCAUGAGGAAACUGACAUACACAUUAAAUGUCAGCUUUGAUCUUGGGAAAUUUUAGUUCCCGUUUGAGUUGUUUUUAUUGUUGGAGUUUCUCGUGUGGACUUAUCAGGGCACUUUAAGACUAUGGGUUGCGUGUUUAGCUUACCUGAGGAACGACUGGCCGCUGCUAACAGGCCAGCAGCUGCCAGGGACACCAGUUUCAUUGAAAAAAUGAAGAAAACAGGCAAGAAUAUAGUAGUGUUCUACGGCUCACAAACUGGCACUGCUGAAGAAUUUGCCAACAGGCUCUCUAAAGACGCCCAGCGUUAUGGCAUGAAGGGUAUGGCAGCAGAUCCAGAGGAAUAUGAUAUGAAUGAACUUUCUCGUUUAAAAGAAAUCGACAACUCUCUGGCUAUCUUUUGCAUGGCCACAUAUGGAGAGGGGGACCCCACAGAUAACUCCCAGGACUUUUAUGACUUGCUACAGGAGGGAGACCUUGACUUGGAUGGAGUCAAAUUCACGGUGUUUGCACUUGGCAAUAAAACGUAUGAGCAUUAUAAUGCCAUGGGCAAAUAUGUGGACAAAAGGUUAGCCGAGCUUGGUGCCCAGAGGAUCUUUGACCUUGGCAUGGGAGACGACGAUGGCAACCUUGAGGAGGACUUUGUGUCAUGGAGAGAGCAGUUCUGGCCAGCUGUGUGUGAACACUUUGGUGUUGAGCCUACUGGCGAAGAGUCCAGCAUUCGUCAGUAUGAGCUGAAGGUCCACGAAGACUUAAACAUGAAUAAGGUUUACACCGGUGAACUGGGACGCUUAAAGAGCUUUGAAAACCAGAAACCGCCAUUUGAUGCUAAGAACCCUUUCCUUGCUCCUGUCACUGUUAACCGCAAACUUAACAAAGGAGGUGACCGUCACUUGAUGCAUUUGGAGCUGGACAUCACAGGGUCUAAGAUCAGGUACGAGUCAGGAGACCACGUGGCUGUGUUUCCCACCAAUGACUCCAGCAUUGUGAACAAACUGGGAGAAGUCCUCGGCGUAGACCUUGAUAUCAUUAUCUCACUAAACAACCUUGACGAGGAGUCCAACAAGAAACAUCCAUUCCCAUGCCCUACCACGUACCGCACAGCCCUGACACAUUACCUGGACAUCACCAACCCACCACGCACCAAUGUUCUUUAUGAGCUCGCUCAGUAUGCCUCCGACCCCAAAGACCAGGAAAACAUGCGCAAGAUGGCGUCCUCGUCACCUGAGGGCAAGGCACUGUACCAGAACUGGGUCUUGGACUCGUGUCGGAAUAUUUUGGCCAUCCUAGAAGACCUGCCAUCCCUCCGGCCACCCAUUGACCACCUGUGUGAGCUUUUGCCCCGUCUGCAGGCUCGUUAUUACUCCAUUGCUUCCUCCUCCAAGGUUCAUCCCAACAGCAUCCACAUCUGUGCCGUAGUGGUCGAGUACAGGACCAAAACGAACCGCAUCAACAAGGGUGUCGCUACAAAUUGGCUUAAGAGCAAAUUGCCCACUGACAACGGAUGCAAAGCCACUGUACCCAUGUACAUCCGCAAAUCACAAUUCCGUCUACCCUUCAAGGCCAGCAACCCAGUCAUCAUGAUUGGACCCGGCACAGGCAUUGCCCCAUUCAUGGGCUUCAUUCAGGAGCGCUCCUGGCUUAAAACACAAGGUAAGGAUGUGGGAGAGACUGUUCUGUAUUUCGGCUGCCGUCAUAAAGCCGAAGACUAUUUGUACCAGGAAGAGCUGGAGGCGUUUGAAAAGGCAGGAGCAUUGACUCGACUCAGUGUGGCUUUCUCUCGGGACCAGGAGCAUAAGAUAUAUGUGCAGCAUCUCCUGACGAAGAACAAGGAAGAAGUCUGGAGACAGAUACACUCAGAGAAUGCGCACAUCUACAUCUGCGGAGAUGCGCGUAACAUGGCGAGGGACGUACAGACUGCUUUCUACGAGAUAGCUGAGGAACUCGGUGGCAUGACCCGCACCCAGGCUACAGAUUACAUCAAGAAACUGAUGACCAAAGGACGCUACUCGCAGGACGUCUGGAGUUAAAGAGCCUCCCUAACCUCUUCACAUGUCCUUUGAGUUUUUAAUAAUUUGGAGGACUGCUUUAGAUCGAAUAUUUUUGGAACUUGGUAAAGGACAAACAGGCACACAUACACUUAGUCCCUAAAUGAAGUUCAUAGCAGGUGCUCAUGUACUGACUCUGUCUCUACAGAUUUACUCAGUGUACAUAGAUACGAUUUCAAACUGUGCGUUGUAACAUGUCGACCCAGAUACUCAGCUGUCACACAUGUAGUAGGCUCGCUGUAAUUCAAACAGUGCAGUUCACUGGUAUGUUUUUCUUAGAAUAUAAUGUUGAUGGAGAGCUACUCAAGGUAUUGUUUAAGCUCAUGCAUAGACUUUAUAUUUAGAAUCAAGUGAAAAAUAACUAAUUGGCACUAGGAACUGUCUUAAGUGGCCUAUUAUUGCCCCAACCAUCAGCAGGCAUACUUGUUUAAUAACUGUAGAUGGUGGUGGUGGUGAUGAAGGCCCAUUCAGUUAGAGCUAUGCACUUGAUGCUAUCUGUAAUGUAGCCAACAUGCAGAAAAUGGCUGUACUUUGCAUAGUCAACUGUAAAGAAGAUAAUACAGGGCAUCAAAUAAUAAAUGAUAUCCUUUUCUUGCUAAAAUCAUGUCUCUUUUUUUUUUUUUUUUGUCCACGUUUUAGUAGCAGUGUUUCUCAAGUGUCAGACAAUGGAAUUUAAAGUUCUGUUAUCCUUGUUUUACUUGUAUGAAGCAUUUUACCUCCUUUCAUUUUUCCUUUUAAUACAUUGUGAAAAUGUGUAUCAUGUCAGUUAUAUGUGAAUAAAAAUGUGUACGGUUAUAAGUAGGACAUUCCCACCUAGAAUUUUAGUGUAAUUAAUGCAAAUUAUCUUUCUCAAUGCUUAAUGUCAAAACUAUUCCUAACCUCAUUUUUAAACAUCCACUUACAAACUGUAAGGGACUGUCUGUGUUUGUUUACUAGUCAACUUGUGCCUUAUUGAAAGCGUUUCUUGCCUUGUCAUUAUAAAUGAAAUUUGCAGAUCAGAAUUGCUUAUAAUGAUUGUAUUAUUUUGGAAGAGAAUAUGCUCAUGUAAAUGCGUACUGUUGCUGUUACUUAUUUUUGCCAGCAUCAUACAGUUUUAUAUGCAACUAAGGUUUCCUAUAGUAUUGCUACCUAAGCAUGUCUUUUUAAAUUAAUAAAAUUGACAUUUAAUUUCA